UGCACCUGAAUCUAAGUCCCACAAACAGCGUUCCACGUAUUUAGUUCAGCUUUCACUUUCAAAAACAACCAUUCGUAUUUCCUAGUUAAAUUACUGAUAAAGGCUCAAUUUUUGACCUUAUUUAUGACAUAAUCUUUGCUUUUCUACAAAACCCAGUUGAAGAAACUGUAAGAUUCUCUACGUUUUUACUUAAUCGAGCUCAUUUUCACAAAAAAAGAAGUUCCUUUCUUGAUUCUUGAUUAUGAACAAGACAAAUAGUGUUGUUCCAAUUCUGUAUGUAUAGUUGAGAUGCGUGAAGAUGGUAAGUAAAUUAGAUUUGAGUUCCUUUGGUCAUUUGAAGCCUGCUGUUAUGAAACUUCUUAAUUUGGGCAAAUUUUCUUCUGUGAAUAACAAUACAAGUGGGGUUUUUCAAACGUUCAAUUCGUUGCUGCUGGGUGUUUCAUUAAUCUGCUUUUUCGUUGUGAUCGGAUCCAGCUAUUUUUACAUGUUCCCAGCUGUUGAACCAGUAGUUGAGAAUAUGGGGAAUGUGAACGUGAAUAGUUACAGUAAUAAAUCUAGUGAUUUUUUGAGUAACUCUUGCAAUAUUUUUGAUGGGAAAUGGGUAGUUGGUGAAAAUUACCCUUUAUACAAUGCAUCACAAUGUCCUUUUGCAGAACGAGGGUUUAAUUGUUUGGCUAAUGGUAGAAGGGAUAAAGGGUAUCUUAACUGGAGGUGGAGUCCCAAAAAUUGUGAUAUACCGAGGUUUGACGUGAAUUUAAUAAGGGAAAUGCUUCGAGGGAAGAGGGUCGUGUUUGUUGGUGAUUCCUUGGGUCGAACACAAUGGGAGUCUAUGAUUUGUAUGCUCAUGACAGGUCUGGAUCCUAAGAGUGUCUAUGAAAUCAAUGGAAAUCAGAUCACGAAACAGAUUAGGUAUUUAGGUGUUCGGUUUAGGUCCUUCAAUUUCACCGUUGAGUUUUACCGGUCUGUUUUCUUAGUUCAGCCUGGUCCGGUGCCAAGACGAGCCCCAAAGAGGAUUAAGUCGGUACUAAAGCUUGACCAAUUGGAUGAUAUAAGUAAAGAGUGGAUCGAUUCAGAUAUUCUCAUCUUCAAUUCUGGGCAUUGGUGGACGACUACUAAGCUCUUUGACAUGGGCUGUUAUUUCCAGAUUGGUGGAAGGAUGAAGCUUGGAAUGUCAAUAAAUAAUGCCUAUAAAACUGCAUUAGUCACUUGGAGAUCUUGGGCAGAGAGUGCGAUCAAUUCCAAACGGACACGUGUAUUCUUCCGAACUUUUGAAUCCACUCACUGGAGGAGUGGAGCUCGUCAGAAUUGCAAAGUUACGAAACAACCCCUGUCAAAAGUUAGGGGGAGACAAAAGAACUCUAUAUCUGAUGCUAUAAUUGGCACUGUGAGAAACAUAUCUAUACCAGUAACACUGCUGCACGUUACUCCUAUGAGUGCAUUUCGGAGUGAUGCACAUGUCGGCACUUGGAGCGACAAUCCUUCGGUUCCUGAUUGUAGCCAUUGGUGCUUGCCUGGAGUACCCGAUAUGUGGAAUGAGCUGCUCUUCUCAUUUCUACAUUCAAAUUGAGCGGAAUUAAUCAGAUUACUUGCUAACCUGUUAAGUUCUUUUCUUCAUCUGCUCAUGUCUAUAUUCUUUACAUGUUUUUUGCCUGAGGGAAUCAUACACAAAUAUGUAUUUGAAUAUAUAUAUUAUACAGGUUUUGUGAUCUUGUUUUGACAUUAUACCGGUUUUAUGAUCUCGUUUUGGCCACUGUUUUCCAAUA